AUCUGCACACUUGCACUUUUACUUGCGCUUCUACUGCCCGCAACGCACCAGUGCCAUUCCCUGUUUCUUUCCCAGUACACGACCCGCAUCUGGCCCUUUCUCUACUCGUCCCGCCUGGGUCCUUUCUCACCCUCACUUAAUUACACCAUCCCCUCCCCUCGUCGACAUUUCGGCCAAAAUCCUACCGUCGCCCGUCCAGUCCUUCCUGUCCUCGUCCUUGUCCUCAGACUUGCGCGGGUCACGGACACAAGACCCUCCACUCUCUACUUACUCCAGUACCUGACCUCCCCACGCGGCCACGCCUCUUCGUCCGAUCUCACUUUACCACCGCCCGACUGGAAACUCCUCCUUCCGUUCGACCAUCCGUCCGACGUUUGA